AUGAAACCCACAACCAGCAGAAGGCUGCAUGCAUCGGGCCGCCAACCACAGCCGCCAGACGAGCCGCAAAGGCCGCCACACUUCCGGCCACCCCCGGAAGCACGACCUCGGGUGCACCCGAAUACAACCGGGGCGCACCAGUUACAUGCGAUAAGUACAGACGACACCGUGUCAGCUGCCCGAACUCGCCCUAGGACGCCGCUCAGCACAAACGCCUGGAAGCUCACGACCAACAGGCGAGCCCCAACGCCACGUGAAGCAGACCACGAAGCUGGUGCUGCGACAGAGCCGCGCGCCGCCCAAACCUCGACGCACCCAGCAGUCCAAGCGAAGGCCCAGGUAACGCUCUCCGCCAAACAAAGAGACCUGACGACUGCAGCUUCGCUCCAACUCGUCAAGCGAGGCACGGCAACGAGUACCGUCAGAGCGGAAGCCAGUACCACGAAGCCACUCGCAGAGAAGGCGCAAAAAGCACCCGCCACAGCAACGCCGGCGUGCUCGAACGACAACGGGGCGUCUGCCCCAACAACUGCCACGACCAACGUCGAGACGACGCCGCCUCACCCAAAAGCGACACCAACCCCGACCACGACCCGACCUCCAAUUGCCGAGAUCAGCGCACGACCGGUCACGCCUGACACAUCGCACCAAGAAGUGACACCGGUGACCGAAAUCCCAGGGUUCCUGGAAGGGCUGGUAAUGACACUGCAGCACUUUAUCAAGCGCUCCAAGCGAACGCUAUUCUUACCAAAGGCAUCACCGCUGGGUGAUGCCAAUGCUCGCGAUGGCACUGCCGUAACCGCGUCUAGAACACGCGGCGUUACUACCGCUGCCUGCACACCGUUGGACAUCGUUACGAGAACGCUAAUAAGCAACGCCAAGGGAGUUGCGAACCAGAGGGAAGUCACCGUUGUGCGGAUCGCCGCCGUACACAUUGCCGCUGUACAAGUCACCGUGCAGAUCACCGCAGUACGCAUUGCCGCUGUACAAGGCACCGUAGCAGAUCACCGCAGUACGCAUUGCGCUGUACCAGUCACCGUGCAGAUCACCGCAGUACACAUUGCCCCUGUACAAGUCACCGUGCAGAUCACCGCAGUACGCAUUGCCGCUGUACAAGUCACCGUUGCAGAUCACCGCAGUACGCAUUGCCGCUGUACACUUCAUCUAUUGAAUUAA